AUGAAAAACCUGUGUGUCAGAGUCAUUAUCACGAUGAUAGGUGUAACUUUUACCGGGACAAUGACAAUCCCAUCAAGAAAAAGCAGUAUUUCCCGCAAUUCUGAGUGCCAGUGGAAUGGAUAUCCUCUGACAAACUGUUCUUUUACUGGAAAGCAUGAUAUACCUGUGAACGUAUCGCAGAAGGCAAACUCCGUGGAUGUAAGUUCCAAUUUCUCCAGGGUUCUCUUACAAUCUCCCAUGGAGAAGAAAGAACAGAAUAUAAAACGUGUGGUACUCAGGAACAAUCCCGGUCUUAAAAUCACCUUAUCCUCCCUGGUCCAUUUACAUGCUUUGGAAAUACUAAACCUCAGCGACAAUGCUCUGCAGUCUGUGGACUUGGAUUUACCCUCAGGUGUGACGCGUCACGGAAGCAGCUUGAGACGUGGAUUUCCAUUUCUAAAGGUACUAAUUCUUCAGAGAAAUAAGCUCAGUGACAUUCCCAAGGGACUGUGGAAACUGAAGUCAUUACAGAGUUUGGACCUGUCUUUCAAUGAGAUUUCCAAAAUUACUUCAUCUGAUUUCCAUAACUGCCUGCAACUGGAGAACCUCUAUUUGAACAACAACAAGAUAUUCAGAGUUUAUCCGGAAGCCUUCAAGAGCCUCAAAAAAUUAAAGGUUGUGGAUCUCAGCCACAAUGCUCUGGCCGCCAUCCUACCCAUGAUGCUCAUUGCUCUGGAACUGCCCCGUCUGGAGAUUGACUUGACCGGUAACCAAUGGCAGUGUGACUGCAGUGUGGCUGUCCUCCAAAAUGUCCUUUCUGAGUCCUGGAGGCAAAAGUGGGAAGGAAUUUGCAACAGGUCUAUAGGGAACGAGGAGGCUUGCUGGGGGACCUCCCCACGCAGGAUUCCCAGAGAGCCCCCGGUGAGUGCGGAUGCCACCGAGAAGAGCUCCCCGAGGCGGCGGCAGCGCAGAGAGCGCGAGGACCCCGCAGAGGGGCUGCAGCAAGGCCCGGACCCCGCGGGUCCCCCGCGCUGGGAGCUGGAGCUGCACCGCCGCGGGCCGCGGGGGACCGCGGAGGCUGCGGGGGUCGCGCGCGAGCCCCGCUCCUCGGGCUCCUCCGACCUCGCCCUGGCCGUGAGCCUGUCGGUGCUCAUCACUUUCUUCCUGGCUUUCGGCCUCGGGGCCUUGGCGAGGCCUUACCUGGAGCGACUGUGGGCCCGGCGGGGCGGCGGGCGCAAAAAGUCGCCUCCGCACGUGGCCUAUUCCAACGAGGGCUUCUACGACGAGGUCGCGGGGAGCAUCCGGCAGCCCCGGGAGCCGGACGGGCUCGCGUGGGCCUACGCCCGAACCCCCCAGCAGAACCAGAACCCCUUCCCGGUGACGGGCGCCCACCAGGACGUGGUCACUCCCGAGAGCCGCGGGGGGCCACGCAGCCUAAAGCCCGGCCGCCGGGUCCAGGAAGGUGGGGUCCUCCCCGCCGCCGCCGUGGGGAGCAAAAGCCAAGAAGCACCUUUUGCAAAGGACAGCGCCGCCCCUGGGGCUCUCCAAGGACGAGCGCGUGGGGGUCCCGACGCCCUCAUCUCAGCUGCCCAGGAGCACACGCCCAGGGCUGACCACGCGGGAGAAGUGAUUUAUGACGCGGUGGCCCGGGAAGAGUCGCCUGCUGAGCGUCCGGCUGGCCCGGUGCAGGCCGCCUCGGAUUCAGUGGCUCUCUCUGCUGGACGAAGGCAGGGCGAGGCCCCGAGGACCGGACAGAGCGGUCCGAGAGGGGACACAGAGUUACCACCUGCGGCCGCACAAGAGCCUGUUUACCUGAAUCUGCCCAGCGCGAGGCAGCCGCAGGGACCCCCGCAGAGCCGUGCUGGCUUAGCGCCUUCACCCAACGAUAGCAGCAUCGCGGACUACGAUGUGGGGGCUGCAACCUCAUCCCCACCCCUGCGCCCCCCACGACGGGGCAGUGCUCAGGGCACCAUGCCUGCCAACCCGGAGCCAGCGCAGAGGCCCGUUACUCCAGGCACUCGGUCUGACCUGAGCAUCAUCUAUGAUUCCGAUGAAGGGUCUUUGUUUACUCUAAGUUCGACAGACUCGGAAGAGGAAGGGUGUGGGGGUGAAGAUGAGGCUGACCAGAAGGAGAGGUCUAGAGCCAGUGAGGAAGAGGACUAUGGGGUGAGGAAGGACUUGGAGAGUCAAGAGGAUCACACCUUCCAGGUGACUCUGCGGGGAGCUGAGAAUCAUGAAGGUCCUUUGGAGAAAUCUUCUCAUCCAGACUCUAACUCGUGCCAGGCUCAGGUGGAAAGUGCUCGUGACACUGAUGCCAGGGAAGAGCCAAGGACUCUGAUCAGAUCCCGGAACCACAGUCCUGUGGGUGAAGCGACCCCAGACCAGCUCCCAGCUCCUGUCACUGACCCUGCAGUGUGGCGCUUCUCACUUAAGGACUUGGGGAAACAGCCGUGGACUCUGGUCAGAUUCCGGCACCACAGUCCUGUGGGUGAAGUGACCCCAGUCCGGCUCCCAGCUCCUGCCAGUGACACCACAGUGUGGCGCUACUCACUUACGGACUUGGGGGAAGAGCCCAGGACUCCGCCGAGGACUCCCCUCAGAUCCCGGAACCACAGUCCUGUUGGUGAAGUGACCCCAGACCAACUCCCAGCUCCUGCCACUGACCCAGCAGUGUGGCGCUACUCACUUAAGGACUUGGAGGAAGAGCCACAGACUGUGGUCAGAUCCCGGAACCACAGUUCUGUCAGUGAAGUGACCCCAGACCAGCUCUCAGCUCCUGCCACUGACACCGCAGUGUGGCGCCACUCACUUAAGGACUUGGGGGAAGAGCCCAGGACUCCCCUCACAUCUCGACACCACAGUCCUGUUGGUGAAGUGACCCCAGACCAGUUCCCAGCUCCUGCCACUGACCCUGCAGUGUGGCGCUACUCACUUAAGGACUUUGGGGAAGAGCCCAGGACUCCCCUCAGAUCCUGGAACCACAGUCCUGUGAGUGAAGUGACCCCAGACCAGCUCUCAGCUCCUGCCACUGACACCACAUUGUGGCGCCACUCACUUAAGGACUUGGGGGAAGAGCCCAGGACUCCCCUCAGAUCUCGAAACCACAGUCCUAUUGGUGAAGUGACCGCAGACCAGGUCCCAGCUCCUGCCACUGACCCUGCAGUGUGGCGCUACUCACUUAAGGACUUGGAGGAAGAGCCACAGACUCUGGGCAGAUCUCGGAACCACAGUUCUGUCAGUGAAGUGACCCCAGACCAGCUCUCAGCUCCUGCCACUGACACCGCAUGUGGCGCUACUCACUUAAGGACUUGGAGGAAGAGCCACAGACUCCGCUCAGAUCUCGACACCACAGUCCUGUUGGUGAAGUGA